AGGAAAUUGCUGAUAUCUUGUCAGAAGAAGAAGAAGAUACUUUUGAUGUAAAAGAAUGUUGUACUAAAUGCCAACAACGAUUCUGUUCCAUCAGAGCUCUUCGUCGAAGAUUUCCAAUCACCACAUGGCUUCCUCAUUACUCAUUGGCUGAUCUUAAGGGGGAUGUAAUUGCUGGUGUGACUGUAGCUCUGACUGUUAUUCCACAGGGUCUAGCUCUAGCUGCAUUAGCUGGAUUACCUCAACAGUAUGGGCUGUACACUGCUUUUAUGGGCUGUUUUAUGUAUGUCAUAUUUGGAAGCUGUAAGGACUUGACAAUAGGACCUACAGCUAUAAUGUCAAUUAUAGUCUCUGAACAUGUCCAUGUUGGAGGAAUUACUUACUCAGUGUUGCUCACCUUUCUCUGUGGAUCCAUCCAACUGUUAAUGGGGAUUCUUAACUUAGGGUUUUUAAUAAAUUUUAUAUCUGCACCAGUGAUUAGUGGCUUUACGUCUGCAGCUGCAAUUACCAUUGCUACAACUCAGUUGAAGGGUAUAUUUGGUCUGAGUUUUAGUUCUGAAGGAUUUAUAGACACUUUACAUCAUUUGUUUGACAACAUUUCUAGCACUAACAUUGCUGACAUGUUAUUGGGAUUUUGUUCUGUGAUUUUAUUAGUCAUUAUUAAGCAUUUUAAAGAUAGGAAAUUUUCGGAAGAUUCCACACUUUCUUCUGCAGUUAGAAAAGUGCUGGAGAUAACUUGGAUGAUAAUAGCUACAGCUAGGAAUGCUCUCCUGGUGCUGAUCUGUGGUGGAGUAGCAGCUAUUCUUCUAGCUUACAAUUACAAACCAUUCACACUGACCAAAGAUGUUCCUCCAGGACUACCUGGAUUUCAUCCGCCAGCCUUUUCCUAUUAUGAUAAUUCAAGCAAUGCAACCUUGCACAAGAAUUUUAUAGACAUCUGUAAGGACCUUGGGUCAGGAAUCAUCAUUAUUCCUUUACUUUCCCUCCUAGAAGCUAUAGCCAUAGCUAAAGCAUUUUCCAAGGGUAAAAAGCUUGAUGCUACACAGGAAAUGAUUGCUUUAGGUAUUUGUAACGUGAUGGGAUCUUUUGUCUCGGCAUACCCUGCAACUGGAAGUUUUUCUAGAACUGCAAUAAAUAAUAAUACUGGAGUGAGAACACCACUAGGGGGCUUGUUCACAGGUGGAACUGUGAUUCUUGCCCUUGCUGUCCUCGCUCCUUUCUUCAAGUACAUUCCCAAUGCUACACUGAGUGCUAUGAUCUUUACAGCUGUUCUUUACAUGGUUCAUUACCAAGAUGUCAUAGUAAUGUGGAGGAGCAACAAACCUGAUUUACUUCCUUGGGGAGUUACCUUUGUCUUCUCUUUCAUCCUUGGUCUUGAGUAUGGAAUUAUUUUAGGAGUGGCCAUUGCUAUGAUAAUGCUACUCUACACAACUGCAAGACCAAAGGUUAACAGUUCUAUAAAACAGACAUCUGAAGGUUUCAAUUACCUGUUUGUGAAACCUGACCGUACAGUACUAUUCCCUUCGGCUGAAUACUUCAGGACCAAAGUUACCAAAGCAUUUCCAAGCAAAAAUACGACACUUGAUGAUGAACUAUGCACAGUGGUUAUAGAUGGAGAAUAUCUCACAGAAAUAGAUUACACCAUGGCAGUGGGGGUGAAGAAUAUGAUCGAAACAUUCAGAAAAGAUGAUGUGAUAACGAUUUUCACCAACCUCAAGCCUUCCAUAAUCAGAACACUUCAAGGAACUCGGCCCUCGGUGUUUCACUACUGCAGAUCGAUAGACCAAGUUCAAAGUGUUAUUGAUCGUUAUGCCAAAACACAAGAUGAAAAUGAGGAUGCAAGUGGUGAGGAAAAAAAGAGUAAUUUUCCUCAUAAUUAUCCUACAACCAAUAGUUUCCAACCGCUCAUUGGUGAAGGAGGCACAGAUCUGGUAGAUGAAGAAGAAAAUCAAGAUGGGGUAGAUAAAGAGGCGAACCAAAUUGUUGAAAUUCCAAACUCAUCAGUGUGCUAAGUGAUUAACUUUGUUCUUGCUGUAUGUUGUACUUCUAUAAAAUAAGACGGAAGUUUACGAGAAAGUAAAAAAUAGGUGGCAGUGUAGUUAUUGUUAGAAUUUUUAGAUUUAUAUAUUUUGUACGGUGUUAAACUGUAUUACAAAAAAUAGAACAGUGUUAGAGAUCCUAAUCUCAGACAUUAAAAAAAGAAAGGUUUGAUUUAUAUUUGUUCAUCAUGAACACAGUGUAAACUUGACUGGUGAACUGGCGCUAUUGACUCGUUUGGUGCCUUUAACUAAUUAUAUUGAAAUUGAAAAAAAUCAAAUCCAAGGAUUAUUAACUUAAAAUCAAGUCAAGUAACAGCAAAAAGAAAAA